UAGUUGUGCUUCUCAGAAAUUCUCAACACAGCCUUUAAGUUACCAAACAUCUGCUAAAAGAGGAAUGCAGAUUUAAACUGAGUGAGGUGUGGAGUGGGGGAAGUUCACUGUGUUUGAACCAAAGAAAUUUUAGGAACUUGCCCAGAGCACUGCACACAUCAGACCUACGGUGGACAAUGCAGGCCUGAAGAAAGGAUAUCAUACUAAAUUACAUUUCUUACUGUAGCAUGUUUUCUGCUGCCAGAACAACCAUGCAAGGAAUGGAACAGGCCAUGUCAGGGGCUGGCCCUGGUGUGCCCCAGCUCGGAAACAUGGUUGUCUUACAUUCACAUCUGUGGAAAAGGUUGCAAGAGAAGUUCUUGAAGGGGGAGCCCAAAGUCCUUGGGGUUGUGCAGAUUCUGAUUGCCCUGAUGAACCUUAGCAUGGGAAUAAUAAUGAUGUGUGUUGAAUUUAGGUCUUAUGGACAACGUUCCAUUUCCUUCUAUGCUGGGUACACAAUUUGGGGGUCAGUGAUGUUUAUUAUUUCAGGAUCCUUGUCAGUUGCAGCAGGAAUUAGAACUACAAAAGGUCUGAUCAGAGGUAGUCUAGGAACGAGUAUCACCAGCUCAGUCUUGGCUAUCUCAGGGAUCAUAAUCAAUGCAAUAAGCUUGACGUCUUAUCUAUUCCAUUACCACGUCUGUGGCUACAAUCAGUUGUCAAAUAAUUGUUACAUGACUGUCCAUUUUAAUGGGUAUGGAUGGCUUGGUGCUCCUCUUAAGUGUGCUGGAAUUCUGCAUUGCUGUGUCCCUCUCUGCCUUUGGAUGUAAAGUGAUGUGUUGUAACCCCGGUGGGCUUGUGUUAAUUCUGCCACCAAAUUCUCACAUGGCAGAAACAGCAUCUCCCGAACUACUUAAGACAGUUUGAUGCCACCAAAAGACCAACAGAAGAAUGCUGCAGAAAUCUGUGCUGACUGUAACUCAAGAACCCCACAGGAGAAAGUACCAGAAUCCAACUCCGAUACUGAUAGAUAUAUUGAUAUCAUUAUUAUAUGUAAUCCAAUUAUGAACUCUGUGUGUAUGCAUAUAUGUAUAUCAAUUCAAAAUUAUGUUCUCAUUUUUCUCCUGGUAUUCAACAACUCAUUUCACUGACUAUUUAUUGAGAGUACUAGAACUAAAAUAAAUAAAUAACGCAUUUAAUGAGGCAACAGUAUUUGAAAGUUUUCAUUCAUCAUCAGGACUUUAUAUAAAGGCAUUAAAUUGGCAAAUAAGAUUUGGAAGCAGAAGGGCAAAAAGGUAUUGCUAAAAUGAGGCCUCCAUGCAAAACACAUACUUCUGCUCCCCUGUAUAAUAUUCCUCCCACUUAUUUGAUUUUUUUUCUGUCAUAUUUGGGGACCAAAUAGUCGAUCUUGGAGAAAGUUUCAUGCAUUGUUGAAUACAGUGUAUAUUUUGCAGUUGCUGGAUGAAAUGUUCUGUAUGUAUCUGUUAAGUUCAUUUGUUC